AGAGGUUCCGUCACCAGACGAAAUGGCGGAGGCUGCGGUGGUGGCGUGGGUUCGCGGCCCCGGUACCGUGUGGAAGGCGCUGCCGUGUGCCUCGGUUGGGUGCUCCGUGCGCGAUGUGAUCUACCGACACUGCCAGGAACAGGAAGUUCCCGUGGAAUGCUUCUUUGUGACGUGCAAUGGAGUCCUCGUUAAUGCCGGUGAUAAGGUGCAGCAUGGAGCCGUGUACAGUUUGGAGCCCAGGCUUCGUGGGGGGAAAGGAGGUUUUGGGUCUAUGCUUCGAGCACUUGGUGCACAGAUAGAGAAGACAACCAAUAGAGAAGCCUGCCGGGAUCUCAGUGGGAGGAGAUUACGAGAUGUCAAUCAUGAGAAAGCGAUGGCUGAGUGGGUAAAACAGCAAGCUGAGCGAGAGGCUGAAAAGGAGCAAAGGCGCCUGGAGAGGCUGCAGCGAAAGCUUGCCGAGCCUGCACACUGCUUCACCAGUCCCGACUACCAGAGGCAGUGCCAUGAGAUGGCUGAGCGUCUGGAGGACUCAGUCCUCAAAGGUAUGCAGGCUGCAUCCAGCAAGAUGGUAUCAGCAGAAAUCACUGAGACUCGGAAACGGCCUAACAAGUCAAAAACGGACCAGGAAACUAGUGCAAAAAAAAGGAAAAGGAAAUGCUUUUGGUUGGGCAUGGAUGGGCUGGAGGCUGCCGAGGGGUCCAGUACUGGAAGCUCAGAGGACAGCUCAGAGGAUGACAGUGAGGAUGCUCCUGGGACUUCGGAGCAGAGCUGCUGUGCUCGGGAAGACGGCAUUGAUGCUGUAGAGGUGGCAGCCGACCGACCUGGCAGUCCUCGGAGCUCGGCCUCUGGUACACACUCUGAGUCACCUGAAAAGCUUCAGUGCCCCGUGACCGAGCCUGGGCAGGGCAUUUUGGAGAACACAGGAACUGAGCCAGGAGAGACCUCUGACAAGGAGUGCAACGAGAGGAAGACAGUCACAGACCCAGAGGAGACGCCAGCAAGGAAGGAAACAGAGAGUCAUGAGGCCACAGAAAAGGACCAAAAGACAGGAAUGUCUGGUGGGGACAGAGCUGCCAUGGUUUUGUCUGGAGAAGACAGGAAAAGUGUCCCUGCUGCUAAUCUGGAGGGAAACAACUCAGGAGACACAGCUCUUGGUCUGGAAGCGGUGGAUCUGUCAGCAUUCAGCUCUGCAGCCGAGUUGGAGUCGCUGGGUUUGGAGAGGCUCAAGUGUGAACUGAUGGUCCUUGGACUGAAGUGUGGGGGGACCCUGCAGGAGCGCGCAGCCAGGCUCUUCUCUGUCAGAGGCCUCACAAAGGAACUCAUUGACCCAGCUUUAUUUGCCAAGCCUUCCAAGGGGAAGAAGAAGUGAAUUUCCUUGGCACACUUCCUCCGCUGUGACAGACUUGUGGCCUGUGUUCCUUUUGAUACUAAAAGCCAAUUUUUUAAUAAUUCGGUUCUAACUAGUCUCUUUUCAAACUAGUCUCUUUUCAGUGGUACCUGAACUUGAGGUUUUCGUUGGAGGAGAAAACUUUUGUAUGUUAUUUUUCUUUGUUUUUGAUGUUUUUGUAAGAGAUACUCUGUAGCCCAGACUGACCAAGAACUGUGUGGUUCACUUUGGUCUCAAACUUGCAGUGAUCCUCCUGUCUCGCAUGAGCUGCUGUGCCUGCUUUGUCAGAGGUUUAUACAUUUCUUUGGCUUUAUAUACUGUGUCACUUGAGUAAGAUAUUUUCAAGAAAUUUAUUUGUAUAACCCAAAGCAGUCAGGUUUGUAGACACAGAUAUUCAUAACAUUCAUUUUAAAAACUUGUUUCUCUUUCUAGGAGAGAGAAAGAGAGAGAAUGAGAAUAUGAAUGUGUGUGUGUGUGUGUGUGUGUGAGACCAGGGAUGGAGCCUAGCUGCUUCCAGGCCUCUCACUGGGGAUUUUUAUUCUAGCUAGGGACCUAUUUUGUUUGGUUUUCAAAGAAUCAGUUUUUUGUCUUUGUGGAUUUUUCUCAGUUGUUGAUCUCAUUGGCAUUUGAAUUGUAUUUCCUCUCCUACAUGCCUUGUGUUUAUCAUUUUUCUUUAGCUCCUUAAGUCUUUGAUCACUGAUUAUAGAUUUUAUUUUUAUUAUUAUUAGUGUAUUGCCCAAUUAGCAAAUGUUUGUGUUUUCUGUAAAUGUUUUAUUGAUAGUGACUCUCUGACUAUUCAGGACAGAAAGUACCUGGCAUCCUUGUUGUGACUGACCCAGGAUAGGGUCUGACAUGAUCUGUGCUGUGUGUGUUGGAAAGAACGUACCAUCAGCCGGCAGCAGGGUGGGUUCUGGACACCUAUCAUGUGAGUGGUUGGUCGGAUCGGUCAGAUGACCGCCUUCGCUGGUUCAUUUUCAUAAGGAACUAAGAGCAAAAUCAAAUCUCAAUUAGGAUUGUGGCAAUUGCCUUUUUUGAGAUUAAAAAUAACUUCAUCAGCGUUUGCUAAGUUGUCAGUUGUAUAUUAAUUCAGUGACUUUAUAUGUCUGGCUCUGGGCUGGAGAGACCGCACUGACUGCUCUUCCAAAGGUCCUGAGUUCAGUUCCCAGCAACCACAUAAUGGCUCACAACCAUCAGUACAGCUACAGUGUACUCAUAUACUAUACAUAAAAUAAAUAAGUAAAUAAAUCUUUUAAAAAAUAUAUGGCUCUGAUGGGUUUUGGAUUUUUUUCCCCAUCUGACAGUUCACGCAUGGACACUGCGUCCUGAUUAGGUCCACAGUUUCUACUUCUCUAACUCUUCUGGUUUACUUUAUAUGUUAAAGCUACUGUUCAGUUCUUACACUUAUUGAACAUUACAUCAUGAAAUUCCCUUCAUCUCUGGUGAGUUUCUUGCUCACCUGUAUUAUCUAAAGCACAGCUUUGUCCUUGUUUCCACAGUGCGUUUUCUGUUCCUCUCUCCUUGCUCCUCCUGUCUAACACACAGCAGGUGUGUCUCGCAUCUGUGUCUGACUUCUUGUCAUCAUCAUCACUGUCAUAGCCAUGAUUGUCAUUGUCAUCAUCUUCAUCUGGUCCCUGUCUCUGAUGACAGGUCAGCAGUGAGUCACAUGGUUGUUUCGGUCAUAACAUUUUCUUUGGGGUGUUUUCAGGUGUGCCUAAAUGUCUACUCUUCUGCUCUGGAGUUUGGUGAACUUCAUGGUUUUGUAUAUUUAUUCCAUUAAUAAAUUUGGAAAAAAUUUUAAGCAA